CAAGCCGACCUCGCGAUCACCAUGGCUGGGCGCGACCUGCCCUCGCUCGCCCUCUGGCUGCUGCCGGCGCUGCUCGGGGCGUGCGUGGGCGCCGCCGGCCUGCACUUCAGAGAAGGGCAGAGCUGCUACAAGCCGCUUCCGCGCAAGCCCGCCGGCGUCCGAACCUACCCUCGUCCCCAUGAAUAUUUGGAUAUCUCUGAGCUGCCCAAGAGCUGGGACUGGAGAAACAGAGGUGGAAUUAAUUAUGCGAGCACCACUCGAAACCAGCACAUCCCCCAGUAUUGUGGAUCCUGCUGGGCUCAUGGUAGCACCAGUUCCCUAGCAGAUCGCAUUAAUAUCAAGAAGAAAGGUGCCUGGCCUUCGGCAUAUCUCUCUGUUCAAAAUGUCAUUGACUGUGCCAAUGCUGGAUCUUGCGAAGGAGGUGACGACAGUGGAGUGUGGGAAUAUGCUCAUGAACACGGCAUCCCAGACGAAACAUGCAACAAUUAUCAAGCUAAAGACCAAGCAUGCCAGAAGUUUAACCAGUGUGGAACAUGUGUUACCUUUGGGGAAUGCCAUGUGAUAAAAAACUACACUCACUGGAAAGUUGGAGAUUAUGGAACUGUCAGUGGCCGAGAAAAGAUGAUGGCGGAAAUCUAUGCAAAUGGACCAAUCAGCUGUGGGAUCAUGGCCACCCCAGGCCUGGACAGCUACACUGGAGGACUUUACACUGAAUACCACCCUUCAGCUGUCAUCAACCACAUUGUCUCUGUUGCUGGUUGGGGCGUGGAAGAUGGAACUGAAUACUGGAUUGUCCGAAACUCUUGGGGCGAGCCGUGGGGUGAACGAGGAUGGCUGCGCAUUGUGACAAGUACAUAUAAAGGUGGGAGAGGAGCAGACUAUAACUUGGGUGUUGAAGAACGGUGUACAUAUGGAGACCCAAUUCUUCCUUGAAACGGUGCUGUUUGGAGUGCAAUAACUUUUUCUGCCAGUUUCUUUUAUUUUUGAAGGG